AUGCUGUUCCACAGCUUGUCGGGCCCCGAGGUGCACGGGGUCAUCGACGAGAUGGACCGCAGGGCCAAGAGCGAGGCUCCCGCCAUCAGCUCCGCCAUCGACCGCGGCGACACGGAGACGACCAUGCCGUCCAUCAGCAGUGACCGAGCUGCGCUGUGUGCCGGCUGUGGGGGCAAGAUCUCCGACCGCUACUACCUGCUGGCGGUGGACAAACAGUGGCACAUGCGCUGCCUCAAGUGCUGCGAGUGCAAGCUCAACCUGGAGUCAGAGCUCACCUGUUUCAGCAAGGAUGGGAGCAUCUACUGCAAGGAAGACUACUACAGGCGGUUCUCGGUGCAGCGCUGCGCCCGCUGCCACCUGGGCAUCUCGGCCUCGGAGAUGGUGAUGCGGGCCCGGGACUUGGUUUACCACCUCAACUGCUUCACGUGCACCACGUGUAACAAGAUGCUGACCACGGGCGACCACUUCGGCAUGAAGGACAGCCUGGUUUACUGCCGCUUGCACUUUGAGGCGCUGCUGCAGGGCGAGUACCCCGCGCACUUCAACCACGCCGACGUGGCGGCUGCAGCCGCUGCGGCCGCGGCGGCCAAGAGCGCGGGGCUGGGCGCCGCUGGGGCCAACCCGCUGGGGCUUCCCUACUACAACGGCGUGGGCACCGUGCAGAAGGGGCGGCCGAGGAAGCGCAAGAGCCCGGGCCCGGGCGCGGACCUGGCUGCCUACAACGCCGCGCUCAGCUGCAACGAGAACGAUGCGGAGCACCUGGACCGGGACCAGCCCUACCCCAGCAGCCAGAAGACAAAGCGCAUGCGCACCUCCUUCAAGCACCACCAGCUUCGGACCAUGAAGUCUUACUUUGCCAUUAACCACAACCCCGACGCCAAGGACUUGAAGCAGCUCGCCCAAAAGACUGGCCUCACCAAGCGGGUCCUCCAGGUCUGGUUCCAGAACGCCAGGGCCAAGUUCAGGCGCAACCUCUUACGGCAGGAAAACACGGGCGUGGACAAGUCCGCCGAGGCGGCACUGCAGACGGGGACGCCGUCGGGGCCGGCCUCAGAGCUCUCCAACGCCUCGCUCAGCCCCUCCAGCACCCCCACCACCCUCACAGACUUGACGAGCCCCACCCUGCCGACCGUGACGUCUGUCUUAACUUCUGUGCCUGGCAACCUGGAGGGCCACGAGCCCCACAGCCCCUCACAAACGACUCUUACCAACCUUUUCUAA